AAGACACCGCGUCCGCGCCGUUCCCGUUGUCUUGCCGACUUGCUUGAAGUGUGCGGCUUUUUUGUGUUGCCGUGGACACACCGUCAGCGAGCGCUCACCUGUGGCAGGCAGCAUGCAGGACGGGAGGCCGGUGGUCACGCAGAUGAGCGGGUAUUAUUUAGGAACGGCCGGCUCUCCAUUAAUGAGGCGACGCACAGGAGCUGCUGGAAUUUACAGACGGGGAAGAUGUAGAGUCCAGACUGUAGCAGAAACCCAGCGUUAUAACAAGAUCGAGUUGCUGCGGGUAAGAGAACCUGAUCGUAUCCUGUGCGCAGCCCAAGUGCAGCCAAAGAACAUUAGAGAAGAACAAAAGAAAUGCCCUCUUCUCCCACUUCCUCCUCCUCGCUCUCAGAAACGCACUCCCCAGUCCUUGGAAGAGCUAAGAAGGCUGACAAGUCAAAUUUUGAAGGAGUACGCACAUUCAUCAGGGAGAGGUGUAAGCAGUGAAGAGAGCAGCUGUAGAAGACUCAUCAAUAGAAACUCAACUGGCAGUUCUCAGAUGAAGAUCUCUGGAGGAAGCUACUGUUACCCUGUAGCCAAAACUCAGCAAGUCCAGUAUCUCCAGGGUGAUGAAUACAAAAGGCUGACACGUGGCUUCCAUGAUGCUAUCUCAAUUAGAAAUCUUCAAACUCACCGGGAGCACAGAGAACCACACACAAAGAGCUGCAGCAGUCUGCCGUCGCUAGCCUGUCCCAUCAGUAGCAGAGCCGCUGGGACAUCUCCAGUUUGUGGAAAGACCACACCCCACGAACACCAAGGACAUGUGGACAACUGGUUCCUUGGCAACAAGAAGACGAGAUCCAUAACCUUAGGACCAUUAUGUCUUAUCUCCAGGUCUCUUCAGCUGAAGCAAAGAGCAAGCGAACAUGAAGACACUAUGCGGGCAUCUGACCCUCUGACUGAUGAGAAUUCCUUGAAAUUAGAAAAAUCAUCAAAGCCAAAAGAUGAAUCUGCCACUUCCAGCAAGGAGCAGCGUAGCUUAGAACUAGGGAUUGUAGUUGCCAAGGAUUCAGCGCUGUCUGCGCAGUCAGUUGAAAAUGAAGGACAGCAGAGUGACAUUCCAUCAGAAAUGGAGAACAAAAAUGUGAGUCAAGCUCCCACAAAGCAAAUUGAGGUUAUCAUCGAGCUGAAGACAGAAGGGGACAGCGGCAAUGACAAAUGAAGGAAGUGAGGAGAGAAGCACACCAGAGGGACACCAAAGUGAGUGCGCACAGAAAAUGUGGAUUAUACACUUUCAAUUUUUAUUACUUAUGGAGCAAUAGAAUUAUUUUUUUUUUAAACAUUUUUUUUGUGAAGUGGCUACCAUAAGUAAUUAAUCGAACUUAUGCUAGAUGAGUGCUUACUGCCCAGACCACUCAGCCCUGGUCCUGGAUGCCUAUAAGAGUGAACCACUAGUGAGUGUGUUGCUUCAACUGGCAUUGUGAUUUUGUUUUUUUGUUGCUCGAGUGGCUGUUUAAGGGCAGACUUAACUUUAUUUGAGUAGCAGUGAACAACAACUUUUGCCAGAACCAGGAGAUGUAAGAGUUCAAAGCUGGCAAGAGAAGUAGCAAGCUAGAUAUGAUAAUGAU